ACAAAAGGGGAAAAGAAAGUAAACUAAUCUAGAGGGGUAAAGAUUAAACAACACUUGGAGCAGCGGCUAGGCUAGAUUUGGUCCCGUGACCCUCUUUACAAGCAAAACUCGAAUCCACAUUCCUCCUCUCUCUUUCUCUGUCUGAGAUAUCCCUUCUGCUCACUCAGAGAGAAAAAAAACUGAUCUUUCUUGACAGAGAAAGAAGAGAUUUGUGAUUCAUAUAUAGGUAGAUAUACGUAUAGCGCUAAAAGGUGAGAAGGAAUGGCAAAGAAGAAAGCAACCAUGACUCUCAAAGACUUCCAUGGUGGUUCUAUUCCUUCAGAUCUUCCAUUACCUUCUGCCCCUGGCGUAAUGGUUAGGCCAUUAGAUCGUGGUGGUUUUGAUCGCCAAACAUCAUGGGGAAACCCCAUGGGAAGACCAGAGCAUCGUUUACGUCCGGGAUCAGCUGGUGCAACCAGAAACUUUGAUGAGAAGACUCCUUUCUUAAGUCAUAAUGCACCAAUAGGCCGUAAUUUUGAUGAGGAUGAAAGGAAGCCAUUGGAUGGAUCAUCUGGACCUCGUCGAACUGUUAGUGAUGAGAGUAUUCGUGCAUUGCCAAGUCGUGUGGAGCCUAAGGCAGAAUACUCUGUCACUGGGAUGGUAGGUAACGGGCAAGUAUCAGCUCCUCUAUCUCAAAAUCAUAGAGGCGCAGCAAGUGGUUCACAUGGGGCUUGGUUCAAUGAAUCGGCUAGUACUAAAAGUUCUGUUGGUGGUAGUGGCAGGAGCGCGAGUUCACUGAAUGUGUCUGCAAGUAGUGCUCAAGUUGUUGCUGGGUCAUACCCAAAUGCAUGGGGCCUAAGGAAGGAGGUGGCAAGUGCAAAGGAAUCAGUUUCAGCUCCAUGGUCUGCUCCUGAUGCUGAGUCGAAGUUGGCCCAUGCCAGUGCCCUUGAGAAGGUCACAUCUGGCAGGUGGCAUUCAAAGCAGCAGAUUCAUUCUCAAAUGGAUGUUGAGGUCGUUAAACAUCAAGACACGGAGAAAGAAUUCUAUUACCAUGGAAGUACUAGAGUCAACGAUAAUGUCUACAACAUGCCAGAUGUCGUGGGAGGACCCAAAUAUAGUGAUCAGGUGCUAGCGGUUCAUGCUGAAAGAAGUCUUGCUCUUACAGACGGGGUUCACGGGCUUAACAAGGAACUGCCAGCACGGGAGAGGGCCAGGUCCCCUUUAUUUAUGGAGGCAAAUGAGAGAAAAACUUCUGCUAAUGUAAAUGGGUUUCAACGGCCCCAUAAUGUUGUUGGCUCUAGUGGAUAUGAGAUGCAGUCACCAGCAUCUUCUGAACCAUCCGAGUGGCCCAAAUUAAAGUUGCUACCAAGAUCCAAACCAUUGGAGAAUCUGGACCAGUCCAUAGAUUAUAAGCAGGUCAACCAGCAUCCUAGUAAUCCUGUUCGUGUUGAGAAAUCGGCUGAUGCAUAUCCCAGCGUUGAUCCCAUCAAGACUGGGUUUGUUGAACCUGAAAGAAGCAAUCAAGUAAUUGAACGCCCAAAAUUGAACUUGAAGCCUCGGUCACAGCUUCUUGAACAAUCGGAAGGAAACACUGAAAAUAAAAGGAAACCAUUAUUUGGUGGUGCUCGUCCACGUGAAAUGGUUCUGCAGAAUCGCGGGAUUGAUGAUGUUAUUCAUAAUCAUGACCUUCAGCAACCUCAUCCAAGGGGCAAACAACAUGCUGGCAAAGCAGAGACGGUGAUGCAUGCGACCAGGCAUAACGAGAAAACAGAGAGUAUUCCCAUUGACCAUAGGAUGGCGAAGAAUGCAGAUAGGCGAGAUCACAGGAUAGAUGUCGAGAAAGGAGAUGGACAGAGGAGGAAUUGGAGAAGCGAGAACUGGAGGAACAACAAGGAGACUGAAAGGCACCACCACCACCAUCAGCCGCAGCAACAUGCACAGGAGAGGCCACCCUCACCAGAAACGUGGCGCAAGCCUGUUGAACCACCAAGACCUGCUUCUGCUGAUGCUCCUGGUGUGAGAUAUGGAAAAGCAACCUCUGCAGUCGAGCUGGCUGCAGCCUUCUCAAAACCGGUCUCUGAUCCAGCAGCAACCGCGGAUCGUUUUUCUGGUCAGAAAAGUCUUCCUAAUCGAGGUCAAGUCCCUUUUUCUCGAUUGACAGGCCCUCAGCAGAGGCCUCAGAUUAACGGGUACUAAGCUCCAGGAGAUGAGCUAAUGAAAAAUGUCUUAUCAUUGCUAAUUGCUUAGUAGGCUGCAACAGAGUUUUGUUUGCAGCAGGAACACCAAGAUGGGGUAGUAAUUGUUAUCCUUGCUAUAGGCUAGCAACAAAAUCUAAUGAUCUUGCUGCUGAAACUCUAGAACUUGAUUCUUCACCUUUUAGACCUAACACCUUCAACCUUGAGAAAUGCGGUCCUUUUUUUUCCUUUUCUUUUACAUCUUUUUAGUUUGAUAAUAAUCAUCGGGGAUGAUGGAUGUUCCCUUUAUAGAUGAUUUAUUGCUCAGAAAGAAUUUCUGAUUUGAAGCCUGAUGUCUUAAACAAAUUAUGUAUACUUUUGGAGGUGUUUUACAUUUCAUGGUGAAUGCUGUCUGUUAUCCGAUUGAUGGUAUAGUUUAGUUUAGAAAGAGAA